UUUAUACCACAAGUUUCUGAAUAAAAAUGUCUUAUUCGAAGCCGCUUGCCUACCCAAGUCAAAAAUGUGUCAUCAAGCAUAUGGAGGUUAAUUCGAGAUUCAAGCUUUCCCAUCAAUCCCCAUCAAUCCGGAAAAUCGAAAAAUCAACUCCUCUAAGAAUCGACAGCUUGACUUUGAAACUGGAUCAGUGUAGUGUCAAGAUCAACAAUAUAUUACACACUUUCCGCAAAGAGAAGCUUCCCAAAAAUAUGCAGCUCCCCCAAGCAUUCAUGUGCUUGAUGUCCAAGCUGUUCUGUGGUAGACGGGAUCCUAUUCAAGUGAAAACGCUGUCGAUUGAGUGUAAAGGGUCUCUACAGCUUCCUGCAGGCCUCUGCUUGAAAGUGAGCCAUUUGGAAAUCCUGGGCUCUGGAGUGGAUAAAAUUGCUGAUGACUUACAACCACUACUCAGAGGAUCCAAAUUACAAUCCAUCACUGUUAACAACGACUUUAACAUACAUCAUCCUAUAUUCAAAACCGCCCAUCUCCUAAUCCUCAAAAACCCUAAUAAGAACUUGUUCCGAGCGACUGCUGCGAGCAAUGUUAUGGUGAAAAGUACUUGUCAGUUCUUAGAUCUCUUCGACAAAAUUGUAGAACUUAUCAGAAACUGGCAAUCUUAUGGACAAAAAAUCGGAGCAAUCUGGAAUUUUUCGAUGCGUCAGGAACAGUUUGCUCUGUUAAGUUUAGUGCAACUCCGGAAACUGCCUGGCGCCAGCUAUAAAGGACAUGAAAAAUUUUCGGAAUCUGGUCGCAGUAUCAUAAUUCCAAUCGACAACUCCGCCGAAGUCCAUGCUUUUGUCAAGAAGGAGCAAGAUGAUUGCAAUUUGAAUGUGAUUGUUCGUCGGAGGCAAUUUUAAUUAUUUUCUUUUAAUGUUCAGUUUAAUUUAAUUCAACUCAAAUAAUUUAAUAAAUACAUCUAAUUAA